CAACCCUGCGCGACCUCUACGUGCCUCCAUCAUAUGCACCUCGACGAUGAGCCAAAUCGUGCCGGACCGUAAUAAUGGAGCCAAAGGGCGGCGGCAGUCCCACUUUGCGUCUACCCUGUCGACCAUUCAAGAUGCAGAUGUCCCCCGAUGGGCAACACAGUCCCACACGGUCGUCCAUGAUCAAGCACCGUCCGUCCGAAUCAAGGAGGGGGUCGUCUGCAGGUUUUAACCACCUCAAAUUGACCCCCGAUGGGGUCGUGACAGGCAGCAGCGACCACUUGCAAAAGUCCCCAAUCCUGCUUGUCGCCCCUGCCCCGCCAGCAGCGACCACCCCAGCUCCACUAAUGCGCAUUCCCGUUCACACCCGACCGACGCCCCCUUCGUCGUUUGGUCCAGUCAAGACACAGCUCACGACUGCUGCCGUGACAGGUCCCCAACUCCCGACAGAGGAUCCACCCCAAGCUGAUUAUCCUAGUGACCCUCAUUGCCAUCCACCCCGUGGUUGAUCGAUGGAUAUCCCAAGAGUUGAUGUUGGUACUCGAGGCCCUGCAGCUGUUGUACAUUGGGUUUAGCGUUCCGUUCUGUUUCGGGCUCCUCUGCGAUCCACUUGGCACCGCCACGACCGUCUCCACACUGUCCACCUACUUGACAUACUGCCUUGACCUCGUCGCUGAUGCCGUGGCCUUUAUUAUGUUCCUAGAGAAACUCAAAGACAUGAUGAUCUGUAGAUCGGGGAUAUCCCAUCCACA